AUGGACGGGUUCUUGAGGAGCCGAAAGACGGCGCGAUCGCAAGAUCGAGAGCGGGCUGGCAUGCAAGGUGCCGCGCAAAGUGCCGUGCAAGGUGGCAUGCAAGCCACGGUGCAAGACGUUGCGCAAGGUGCCGAGCAAGACGGCAGCCAGGCGGGAACGCCGGGAACGCCAACAGCCGAGCAAGAGACUGGAGUAUCGGCGAACGCAGUGGAGAGGACGCACGACAUGGCGAAGGAGCUAUACUCGCUCGUAAUGUCGAAGCACAACAUCCUCGGCACAGUAAAGGAGAUGCAAGCCAAGCUAACGGCAAUGGCCCAAAGAGCAGUGCAGGAGCACAGGCGGCUUCUGCAGAGAGCCGAGCAGGCGGAGCAGGAGCUCGAAGCGGCGGCCACCCAGGCGAAAGAGCUGCAGGCAAGGGCCGAGGCAGCCGAGGCGAUGGCCGUGGCGGCUGAGGCGAUGGCAGCAGAAACCGAGGCGAGGGCAGCAGAAGCCGAGAAGAGGGCAGCAGAAGCCGAGAAGAGGGCCGAUGUGGCGCAAAGCGCGCGGGCGGAAGCCAUGAUGGCAACGCCAGCGAUCGACUUGGCAACACCGAAGGCGAGAAUGGAAAAGCGGAAGCGGGAGACCCCAGGGGAAGAAGAGGAGAAGAAGAAGCCCCGGGGACCCGAAGGAAGCCCUGAUGCGGAGGGUGAAGAAGGCUGGCAAACGGUGCCCGUACGCGUUAGGAAAGGGCCGACGAAGCCAGCCGAGGGCGCCAAAACCGGACCUAAAAUGCCGGCGAAACAGCGUCCGGUGGAGAGGGCAAGAGGAGAUGCCAUACGGGUUGAGAUGAAGGGCAUAACCUAUGCAGAUCUUCUCCGGAAGAUAACCUCGGAUCCAGCUCUCGAGGCAAUGGAGAUGGAAGUGGUGAGGACGAGAACCACACGGAAGGGUGAUAUGCUCAUCGAGCUAAGAGCGGGUGCGAAAGUACCCACGAUGGAGCUGCGGUCGAUGGUCCAGAAGUCCCUCGGGCAGGAGGAGGGAGUGAAGGCACUGUCGCAUGAUACGGCGAUCGAGUGUCGGAACCUGGACAGCAUCACCACCGAGAGCGAGCUGGAAAAGGCCCUCAAGGAGCAGUGCGGUGUAAAGGAGAUCUCUUCCUUGCGACUAAGGAAGGGGUUCGAUAAUAUGAAGGUGGCAACGGUCUGGCUGCACCCACAGGAAGCAGGCAAGUUGCUGGCGAAGGGCUCGGUGAAGCUACGCUGGUCGGUCUGCCCAAUCAGAGUGGCUCCGCGUGUCGACCCGAGUACCAGAAAGUGCUACAAGUGCCUGGAGCUGGGACACCUGUCGGUCAACUGCAAAGGCCCCGACAGGUCGAAGUUGUGUUACAACUGUGGUGGAGAGGGACACGCACUAGGCGGACCGCGGUGCAACGCAUAUCGUUCGAGGGCAGCCACCAAGCAGUAA